GCUUGUUCCGGCGUGGUUGCGAGAGGGGAAGCGUCUCUGCUGCCCGGGCGGAAUCGCUUCUUUCUCCCCGCUUCCAGGCGGCGGCGGCAGCGGCGGCGAAGACUCUCCCUCGCCGUCCUUUUCUGCGUACGCUGCUCAACCCUCUUCCGCAUACAUGGCGCUUCGCUUCAGGAGCGGCCGGAGGGGCCAAUUCAAACAUAUAGCUCAUGGCCUGAUCCCUGCAGCUACCAUAGCACCUAAAGCUGCCGUCCCCCGCACCCCUCCCCCUCGUAGUCCAAACCCUUCUCCAGAAAGGCCCAGAUCCGCUCUGGCCGCAGCUAUUCUUGUGACAACCCUAACUGGACGGACCAUUGCCAUCCCUCAGCCACGUCAACGAUCUCUUUCUGAGAGUGAUGCCAGUUACUUGCAAGAUCAAGAAAAUUAUAUUGAGCCAUAUGCCACAGUCACUGAGCUGCGAAUGCGUCACAACUGGAAGAGCAAUGGUGAUGACAGGAGCAUUGGGCAGUCUUUGGAAGUAUCAGGCAGUUGUUGUGAGGAUGAGGACAUGGAUACAUACCCUUCAGACACAGAAAAGGAACCAGAUCCAAACUAUCAGGUUAUUGAUAAAAAAAUAAACAUUAGCAGCGAUGCUGGCUAUGCUAUUCCACACAAAAUUAAACAGGAAAAUCCCCCAGUAUCUUCUAGUGUUGAUGGUGAAGAUGAUUCUUUUCUCUGUGAACCUACUUGCCUCAUUCGUCCAAAUGUUCAAGUGGAAGAAAUUGAACCCUCUGGAGUGAGUUUUCAGGUAGAAAAAAGCAUAUCUGAAAAUACCCUGAAUGAAAAGCCUCCACUGACUCCAGUCUGCAGAAUGCAGGGACCGAUGGCCCUCCCUAGAGAAAAGUUCCAGAAACUGAAAGAAGAAAAUUGGCAUUUGAACAAGGCAAAUCAGGCCCUGCUUUCCGAACUUGAGGCAACAAAGCAGCAAAUGAAGAAGCUCCAGUUAGAAAUUAAGAAACUAGAAAAAGAAAAUAGAAGAUUUAAAGAAACUGCACAAAAUUCACGCAGUGAAGAGGAACUUGCAGAAUUGAUUUUAUUAAGACAACAGGCCCAGGAACUGGUGGAUGAAAAUGACAGUCUGAAAAUGACUGUUCAUCGUCUAAAUGCAGAAUUGAGUCGCUACCAGGCUAAAUACAGGCCAAUUUCACCAAAUGAGAGUCUAAAAAUUGGAAGCCUACCAAUGAAAAAACCAAUACCCCCAUGGCUGCUGGAUAUGAAAUAUUUAUCUCCCCUUCUAUUGGCAUAUGAAGACAGAAUGAAGGAAAAGGAAGACCUGAUUCUUGCGCAUGAGGAGGACAUGAAGAUCUUUAAAGAACGAGUUGAAGAGGUAGUGAAGGAAAAUGAACAGUUACACCAGCAACUAAGUAAAAAUAGUACUGUGACCACCAAAGAAUGGCAGUGUCUGCAAAGCCAGGCCAAGCUAGUAUUAGAAGAAAAUACAGUAUUGAUGGAACAGCUUAAAAUACAACAAGCAAAAGCAAAAGACAACCUCAGCCAACAUGUCCAAGAAGUUUCUAAAUUAACAAAACAGCUGAUGACUUUGGAAGCCAAGAAACAGAGCCAAGAAGAGGAGUUGAGCGAGUGUCAGAAGCAGCUGGAAGAACUGCGCUCCGCAUACAAACAGCUGAAAGCCAGUGUGGGAGAUCACAUCACAAUGGAGGAGCAUGUGGCUUUGGUCAAUAAAUUCAAAAGUCAGUUGCAACAAGAACAGGAAAAGAGAGAGAUUGAGUCAGAGCAGCUAAUGGCGAAAAUGACAUCUCUGCAAGCAGAAAAAAAAGUCCUCCUUCUAGAGAAAAAUGGCCUAGCAGCUGAAAAGACAGUCCUUGAAGUUGAGCUGGAAAAGACACAGAAGACAAAGAGACGAUCACAGAAGAAAAUAGGCCUUCUGAAGCAGCAGCUGGAAGAGGCAGUGGAAGAGGAGAUGGCAGCACGCCGGAUUCUAGCAGACCUGGUCAACUUGACAGAAAAUAUGACUCAAGAACGUAAUCGUCUUUUAAACUUGACCAGUUGCUUGGAAAGACAGCAGGAUGGUGUUCUCAACAAAAUAGUAGAAGGAAACAUGCGCCUAGGGAUGUUAGAAGAGAAAGUGAAGGUGUAUAAAAAGACAGCUGCCGGAAAGCUGGGAGACAUCAGCCUCAAAGCAUCGGAGCAAGAGAAGGAAUUUGCAGGGAAGGCUGCUCAGUACCAGCGUGAGAUGAGGCACCUCCAGCGGCUGCUGCAAGAGAAGCAGGAAACCCUGGACGAAGCGCUGCAGCAGAAAAGGGAAGUGGAAAGUGAACUUGAAAUAAUUUGGGAAUCAACCACCAAAGAAAACAGGAGGAUGAAGGAACUCUUGCAUAAAUCUCUAGAGAAGAGGAACACACAGAGUCCUGUCAAAGCUUAUGAAUCAGAUUUAGCUGACAUUUCUCAGAAAGACCUGCUGGCUGGGUACGGUUUUAGCUACUGUGAUGUGGAGCUUCUCUUGCCUGCGAAAACUCAGAGUCAACUGGAACCUGCAUGUUAAGAACACAGACACUCCUUCCUUUUUCAGAGGAGAAUAGGUCUGAAACAAACAAACAAACAUGAAGACCAAAGCAGUUUAAUCAGAAUACAGUCGGCAUUGUAUUCAAGUUGAUCUUUCAAAAGAAGCUGAUACUCCCUUUGGUACUAUUCUGGGCUUUUAGAAAUCACCAUGGCAGGGAUUUGUAUUGUACCAUAGAAAUAUGGCCGGUAGAUUCUUCAAAAUCCAAAUGUUCCUAGCUCUUAACAGUUGCAAAAAUUAAAAAAAGUACCAAACACAUUUUGACACUUUCUGCUAGAUACUAAAAGUGCUUGCAGAUGGGAGUUCGUGGUGGAAUUGGUACUGCCCGUGCAUUUAAGUUUUUUAAAGCACCCACAUUAUGAUGUUAGAGACAGAAGCAUGAUUUUUAAAAGAAUUAUGGGGGGCAGAGUUUCUUAAGUUGGUGAUGGUUAGGUGAAUCGUACCCUCUUCCCUGCACAUGAAGCAAUAUCAUGCCUCCUAACAGGAUGAUCAUACACAAAAAGUGUGGUAUCCUUUGCCACGUGGAAAGUCAGUGCAAUUUCAUGUGUACCUCACAGUGGAAGAUCAAAUGACUGAGUCAUCUAAGGAGGGAGGUAUUCAUCUGGAAAUACCCUAAGAAAGGAAAAUGUGUUCCCGUGGAGCUCCUAAUUAUGAGGAUGGGGCAGGUAUUCCUACAGCUUAAAUGUUAUCCGCUAUCUCUAUUGGAACGUUGGGGACUUUUUCUCCCAGGCUCCAAUACAAUGAACCCUGCCUUGGAAAUAAGCCUUGCUGAGUACAGAUUGGCAUGCUUCCAAGUGAACAUGCUUAGUAUUGCAUUGCCAGUGAUGUUAACAGUUAAAAGGAAAUGGGAGGGAUAAGUCCUCUGUGGGACAUGUGCUAAGUAGCAAGAACAUCACUGUUCUUGUGUUGCCUCCACUGAUCUCUCUAGUCUGUUUGCACUUGCAGCAGCAAGACCACUGCCUCCCCUCACCAGAAAUUACAGAGCACUAUAAUUCACCAAAUGCAAGCAGCCCAAUAUAUCUCAUUUCCACCACUUUCUUCUCAGUUUGUGACUGAAUAAUAAUAAUAAUUAAAAAGCUCUCUAUAUCCUGAAAAAGCCAAUCAGUUGAAAUAAAAGAAUGCAAAUUCUUUUUCAAAUUUGCGUUUUUAUGUUCACAGAAUUUGUGUUUUUAAAUACUGGUCACACUGCUAUAAGCUGCAACAUUUGUGGGUUUUUUAAAAUAGAAACUUGAAAUCAGCCUUUUUGCCAAUAAGCCAUCUAGCUAUUCAAACCAAAGUAAACCAUAAUGCAGCUCAAGCUGCUGCUUAGAGCUGUUUGCACUAAAUUUGGAAUUGGGAGCCAUUAUUGCCGGCCUGGGCCUGAUUUAGCCAAGCUUAUAUAAAGGUAGGGACAAAAGGAAAAGAGAGUGACUCACCCAUUUUAACACCUAAUCCUUUUAUCAAAGAGCUUAACCGAAUUUCUAGUAGUGUGAGGCCAUCUCUCAGUGCAGCUGGAGACAAAGUGGGAGACUUGGCUUGUGAUGUCUUUUUUCUUUUCUAUAUGAAAUUUUCUUUUGAAAUAAAAAGCUAAACACCACACCAUCAAUAAUUAGGAGAAAAGAAUGAACAAGAAUAUUCUCACAAUGAAACUCUCUAAGGGUCCUUAAUACAGGGUUGGGGAACUUGUAUGUUGUUGGAGUCCAACUCCCUCACUGAUUCUGACAGCUGGGGCUGAUGGGAGUUUGAGUCCAUCAACAUCUGGAGGGCCACAAGUUGCCCAUCCCAACCUUAGCAUAUCAUGGAAGAGCUUGUGAGACAGUUAUAGUAAACCCAACCUUGAUGAAAGAAUCACUGUUGAGGUUUUGAAUGUGCAACUUGUAAUGCCUGAUACAUCAGAGAAAUUAUGUGCAUCAGUAGUUGUGGUCAGAAGGGCUUCAAUAAAGGAAAGACAAACUUGGGACCAGUA